AUGGCGCAGCCAGCAAACUGCUUGACUUACGCCAACUCCCGUAGUGUGGCAGAUUAUGAGACGGACUUUCUCACGUUGGCCGCCAAGAGUGCCUGGAAUACGGAGUCUCUUUUCGAUUCUUUUCUGCACGGAUUAUCUGAGGAUGAGCUCGCUGCUCGGGAACUGCUGGUGGACCUUGACACCCUUAUCGCACUAACCAUUAAAAUUGAUGGACGCCUAAGGGAACGCAAGAGUGAGGAGGUCUGGGACUUGCCCAGGACCAGAAGCUUCAUCCCGUUUCUGGGAAUGGAUGGGAAUGACGUCUCUGCCUUCGUCACCAUAUGCACUGUGUGCUCAAAACAAGACUCCACUGCAAGCUCAAAGACUUCCUGCAGCCACUACCGGUUCCUCAUCAUCCCUGGUCUCAUAUCUCUGGACUUUGUCACUGGGCUCCCUCCGUCUGAUGGCAACACUGUCAUUCUGACGCCAGUCGACCAGUUCUCCAAGGCCGCCACUUUCACCCCUCUUCCCAAACUACCUUCCUUCUGCCAAGCUAUUGGGCUUUCCAUCCUCCCCUCAUCCCUCCCUCAUCAGUUCCACUUUGUGAACUUGAAAAAGACCUGGACUGAAGCUCAGAGUUUCUGCAGACAGAACUACACUGAUCUGGCCACCAUAGAUGAUGACAUGGCAGAUAUGAAGAAGCUCAAUAACACAUUAUCAGCAGCUGAAACACAAGUGACAAAUAAGUACAUUGAAAUCGGUAAUUUUGAGACUUGGAGUGAAGCUCAGAGCUACUGUCGGCAACACCACACGGACCUGGCCAGUGUGAGGAACACAACAGAGAUGGAGGCCAUAAAGAGUAUCUUACCUACCACUGGUAUCUACAGAGUGUGGAUUGGCCUGAAGAAAUCUCCUGGUGUCUGGAGGUGGUCUGACCAGAGUGGAUUCUCUUUCAAGAGCUUGGAAACAUUCAAGGCGAACAUGACACAUGGGAGUUAUCAGAACGGAGAGUUCUGUGGUGAAGUUACUUUCCCUUCUGGAAAGUGGAAGUAUCAGGGAUGUACCACCAACUCUCAUUUUAUCUGCUAUGACGAUGAACUGGUCCUGGUCUCAGAGAACAAGACUUGGUCAGAAGCCCUGUGGCACUGCAGAGACCUGGACAUGGAGCUGGUGUCUGCCCACAACCAGAACAUCCAGCACUGGGUUCAACAGAGAGCCAAGAAGGCCUCCACUCCCUUCGUCUGGCUGGGCCUGAGGUACACCUGCACCCUGGACUUCUGGUUCUGGGUCAAUGGAGAAGAGUCCUGCUACCACAACUGGGCUGUCGGGGAGGGCUACAACACCAUUAAGGAGCAGUGUGGGAACAUGGGGGCCAUACAGAGAGACGGGGGACAGUGGGUCGGCAAGUCUGAGACUGAGAGAUUCAACUUCAUCUGCAGCAACAGUACUGAUUACUAGGACCAGACCCUGCUCUGUAGACCAGCUGAACCCUACAGUCCAGAAUGUUCCAGACCCUGUUCUGUAGACCAGCUGAACCCUACAGCCCAACACAUUGUUCCAAACCCUGUUCUGUAGACCAGCUGAACCCUACAGCCCAAUACAUUGUUCCAGACCCUGCUCUCUGGACCAGUUGAACCCUACAGCCCAAUACAUUGUUCCAGACCCUGCUCUGUAGACCAGCUGAACCCUACAGCCCAACACAUUGUUCCAGACCCUGUUCUGUAAACCAUCUGAACCCUUACAACCCAACACAUUGUUCCAGACCCUGCUCUGUAGACCAGCUGAACCCUACAGUCCAGAAUGUUCCAGAUAUACUCAGAUGUACAUCAUACAAGGUGACGGAUACUCAUUAUUUUAAAUAAAUAUUUUUAUUUGUUUACAGUGAGCUCCAAAAGUAUUGGGACAGUAACAAAUGUUUAGUAGUUUUGGCUCUGUACUCCAACAUUUUCAUUGCAUCUUAGGAAUAUGGGACCAAAUACUUAGCUUUUGACUAUUUUAGCACAUAUUGAAGUGAAUUUGUCCCAAUACUUUUGGUCCACUAAAAUGGGGCACUAUGUUCAAAAAGGGCAGUCAUUUCUAAACGAUUAACCCGAUAUGGAUGAAAAUACUGACUGUCUGGACUUUAACCUCAUACUCAUUGUAUUAUUAAAUAUCCAAAGUGCUGGAGUACAGAGCCAGAAAAACACACAGAGUGUCUCUGUCCCGAUACUGUUGGAGCUCACUGGAAAUAAAACAUAGAGCUACAUAGAGCUCUCUGGAAAUAAAACAUAGAGCUACAUAGAGCUCACUGGAAAUAAAACAUAGAGCUACAUAGAGCUCUCUGGAAAUAAAACAUAGAGCUACAUAGAACUCUCUGGAAAUAAAACAUAGAACUACAUAGAG